CUGAAUUCAUUUCAAAUAACAAUUAUAAAUCAAAUUUUAGACAAUGAAUUAAAAGGGAGAUAUAUAGCUUACAAAGAUGGGAGAAAAAGAUAGAAAAUUCUGAAUUUAAUUUUAUAAACAUUUAAUUAAUUUUAGUAUUUUGAAUUCAGAAUAAAUUAAAAAAAAUAUUUUUAUUUUAUUUAAGAGGAUUUUAUGGGAUGCCUAAAAUCGUGUUAUUUAAUCCAAGUUGAAGCUUUCAUUGAGUCCACGAACAAAAAAGCUCAGAAGAAGAGAAAACAGAGAGAGAGAGAGAGAGAGUAAAGAAAACAAUCUAAGCCGCCGGAGAAGAAGAAAAAGAAAAGAUGUCGUGGCAAUCAUACGUCGAUGACCAUCUCAUGUGCGAUGUGGAAGGCAACCACCUCACAUCCGCCGCCAUCCUCGGCCAAGACGGCAGUGUCUGGGCCCAAAGCACCAACUUCCCUCAGCUGAAGCCUGCUGAGAUAGAGGGAAUCAAGAAAGACUUUGAGGAACCUGGACACCUUGCCCCUACAGGGCUAUUCCUUGGCGGAGAGAAGUACAUGGUUGUCCAAGGUGAAGGAGGAGCUGUCAUCCGAGGCAAAAAGGGACCUGGUGGAGUCACUAUCAAGAAGACCAAUCAAGCCUUUGUCUUUGGCAUCUACGAUGAGCCCAUGACUGGAGGCCAAUGCAACUUGGUGGUCGAGAGGCUCGGCGAUUACCUUAUCGAGUCUGAUCUCUAAGUUCACUCACAACAAGUGCUUCAAACCAAUUUGAAUUCAAGGUUCUUCUGCCCUGUAUUAUGAUUUUGAUUGUUGUUGUGCAUCAAACAAACCUAAACUAUACUCUUGAAAUGAUCUAAGAAACAAUCACAUUUGUGUUUUGUUUCGAGUCUCUAUUGCAUCUUAUGAUGGCUUUAAUAUUGUUUCUCUUGUGUUUGUAUUUCUUAAUGUAUCUCUGGUUUUCAGUUUGAAUAAUGAAAUAACAUUCUGUUUGGUAUACAA